GUGGCGCCACUGCGCGUGGGGAAUCAACAAAAAACGUCAUGAACAUGGAAUCCCGAAGAUCAAAGGAUCAAGGGGUUGGCAGGGAACUGGAAAGAAUACUUGAGAUGCAAACCCGCGCAUCCUCUGGAUCGUUGUAAGUGCUAGAGAAUUCUGAGACUAGCCUUUUUUCUUCUUUCCUCUGGUAAAAUACAAAAAUAAAACACCGUUUCUGUAGCACCCCAACACCCAAUUACAGUCAAUUGCUUAUCCAAGUCUGCGCUCAUUUCCCAAAAAAGCCACAAUGCCACCGAAACGCAAGUCCACCGGGUCAACGUCGAGCCCGAAGCGCGCUCGUGCAUCGUCCUCGGGCGCUGCUUCAAACGAAGCCUCGUCUGCACCCCAGGACGCCACCGCCACACCCCAGCUCAGCGCCGCAAGCAAGCGCGCCAUCGACCAGCUGCUGGACCGCUGGUCGGAGGUGUCGUGCUCCAAGAACCUCGAAAAAGGAAUACAGGACAGCCUGGCGGACAGCAAAAAGCCGUUUGAGUACGUCUGCCAGUGCCAGUCGCCCUUUGAAUCCCUCGAAGACGACGAUGAAGAGGGCGGCAACCAAGAGACCCAGGACGCGGCGCCGGCGGCCGCCAGCGACGGCGUGCUGCAGGCCCUGCCCCCGCACGACAACGUCGCGUGCAGCCACGGCGAGGAUGGCAUCUGCGGCAAGGCCGCGGCCGAGCACCCGGAGCACCCCUGGGCCAUCAUGCGGGCGGCCGUGCACAAGUUCAACUCGACGUGGAUGCACCUCGACGUCCGCGACCCCGACGUCGUGGGCAUGUACACCUCCAACGACCACCACGGCUACGGCUGGGUGCAGGUCUUUCAGAACCUGAUCCUGGACUACCAGGUCGGCAGGCUCCGGGAGAACUGGCGCGAGCAGUGGCUCAUUUGCACCGUCAUGGGCAGGUUGGCUAUGCAGGCCUACAAGAGCCCCAUGUUUAUGAUCGAAGACGGCGAUGGUAUAGAUGACCUGUUCCUCCUCAUCUGGAGCCUGUUCCUCGACAUGCUCGCCACCCUCGAAGGCGCCGGGCAGCUGGACCCGUCCACGACCGAAGUCAAGGACCUGGGCCAGGUCAUGGCCUGCUUCAUCAUCUCGGCGCAGCAGCUGCGCAACGUCCACAUGAUGGAGAAGCCGGCGCGCAACAGCAAGCCCGAGUCGUUCGACGCGUACCGGAUCGAAGGCUACAUCGUCUCCUACGCGCAGCGGCACAACAUCACGCUGCAGAUGCCCGAGCCGUACCGCACCAAGGCCGCCGAGGAGACGGCCGGCGCGAGCCCGGACAUGCUCCCCGCGCCGGCGGCGAAACAGUACUGGGGCUUCGAGCAGAGGCUCGAGGAGUACGAGGACCAGUACAAGGGCGCCUGGGCCAAGGCCUCGAAGCAGCAGGGCAUCAUCGGCGGCGACUCGUUGGACAUCACGUCGUGGAAGCCGGCCGACCGCAAGAAGAGCGCCGAUGGGCAGAAGGAUCCCCUCCCCAGGCAGGUUAUCAAGGCUUUGAAGGAUGGUAUGAUUGUUGGUCUGGGUUGAAGCCUUGGCUUGACUGUGAUUUUUGUAAAUGAUGCAGCGUGCUUUUCCAUGUGUACGAGUUGCGGAUUUUGGGUGGCAGUCUCUUGUUGUGUCAUUUGUACUGUAUUCUGUAGUCUCAGUGUCAUGUUAGAUGUUGUAACAAAAAAUGUGAAUGAUAUGUUCGACGUGUUAAGCUC